GAAACGCAAUGCAGGUUUCAGUUUGCUGAUAUUGCUACAAGCGAUAAGAUGCAAUCUCAAUUGAUUUAAAUUUUUAAUUUAAAGAUCAAGGUACAUUAAGAACAUGGAUGAAACAACGAUUGAUUCAAUUUUUUCGGGGUCCUUGAAAUCCUUACCGCCUGUCAGUUCGAAAAUUGUGCGGAUAUUUACAAGCUCGACCUUUACUGAUACAACAAUGGAAAGAAAUACUUUGAUGGCGCAGUGCUAUCCCAAACUUAAAGACUAUUGCAGAGAGAAACAUGGUUUAGAAUUUCAGGUAGGACAUUUCAUAGAAAAAAAAAUAACAUAA